GUUCGCGUAGACCCAAUCUCUCUCUUACGGAACUUGGAUUGUGGAUCUGAAAACAAUGCAACUGAAUUGGAAGACCUUUCCAAUAUGAUCAACAAAACAUUUUUAGAACCUACAAAAGAUUUUGAUGCUCUACUUCCGGAAACUGGUGCUAAUAUACCAAUAGAAAAUAUACGACCGUACUACGUAUCUGAAAUGUCCGUCAGCAAGAAGCUAGCCAACCUAAUUAAAACUAAAGCAACAGGACCUGACAGUAUCUCGGCCUGGUUGCUGAAGGAGAAUUCCGUCAUUUUAGGUGCUCCAAUUUCGGAUAUUCUCAACAGCUCCUACCAAGAAGCCAGUCUCCCUCAAUCACGGAAAUGCGCAGACAUCGUUCCAAUCCCCAAACAGAAACCAGUUCAAGAA